AUGGCGCCCAAAGGCAAGCCCGAUGCCAAGGCUCAAGCCGCAAAGGCCGCCAAGGCCCUGAAGAAGACGAGCAGGAAGAAGAUCCUCAAGGUCCGGACGUCCGUGCACUUCCACCGGCCCAAGACCCUGAAGAAGGCUCGCAGCCCCAAGUACCCCAGAAUCUCGGCUCCUCCCAUGCAGAAGCUCGACCAGUUCCGGGUGCUGAAGUUCCCGCUGACAACGGAGUCGGCAAUGAAGAAGAUUGAGGACAACAACACGCUGGUGUUCAUUGUGGAUCUGCUGGCCACCAAGAGGCAGAUCAAGGAGGCCGUCAGGAAGAUGUACGACAUCCAGUGCAAGAAGAUCAACACACUCAUCAGGCCUGAUGGACAGAAGAAGGCGUACGUGCGGCUGACAGCAGACUACGAUGCUCUGGACAUUGCCAACAAGAUCGGCAUCAUCUAA